GAGGAGGAUCAUCAAAUGACCUUCGAUCCGUUUUGCUCAUCUGCUCGAUCUCAACAUGAGAUGUCUGCCAUGGUCUCAGCUCUAGCUCAAGUUCUUGGAAGCAAUAACAGCCAGACCCCGGCUGUUCAAGAGCCGGCGGAGCCGCCACUGAUCACGCCCCAGUCCAGCGCCAUGGAAUUGCAUGAUGGUCAAUCUCCUCAACAGGCUCAAGAUCAAGGGAAUGUGAGGAGAAGGCACUAUAGAGGAGUGAGGCAGAGACCAUGGGGAAAGUGGGCAGCUGAGAUUCGUGACCCGAAGAAGGCCGCUCGAGUGUGGCUCGGCACCUUUGAAACCGCAGAGGCCGCAGCGCUUGCUUAUGAUGAAGCAGCUCUCAGGUUUAAAGGAAGCAAAGCUAAGCUCAACUUUCCCGAAAGAGUUCAGGGAAGAAUUACUGAAUUAGGUUACCUCACUACAACUAGUACUCAACAAAACUUGCCAGCUGGGGCAUCUCAAAGUAUUACGGACCACCACCAGCCUCUUCCUGAUCAUCAAUAUCAACUGCAGGCAUUCCCUAAUAAUGUUGCUACUCCUCAUGAUCAAUAUGCACCAUAUUUUCUGAGUGGUAACGAGUGUGUAAAUUAUGAUGAUUUACCAACUACUCUUAGUGAAAGAGAAGGAUUUGCUUUCCAGACUUCAGAAACUACUUCAUCAUCUUUGUUACCUUUCUUACCAUCUCAUCAACAAGAAGAUCAACAACAUCCCUUAAGCUAUUCUAUGCCGGCGUUCGGUUCCUCUUCUUCUUCGAGUUCAAAUCCUCCCCCUAGGGAUAGGAACCGUCGACCUUGACAGCAGUACUUCAAGGGGACGGUACACAUCCAAGUUCAAGUUCCCGGGAGAUCGAUCGUGGGAGAAUAAUGAUACUAUUUCCUUCAUGUUUGUGGUGUAUUUUUGUUUCUUGAAUUAGACGCUCUUUUGUCACAAAGUUUUAAGAAGGUGAUCAAACUGUUUUGUUAA